GUUAGCUCAAGUUCUGCGAACGUUCCCUGUUAGCUGAGAAACUGAUUCGUUUUCAUGCGACUUCGUUUAAUGUGAGACAAUAGUUUGUCUGCUGAGAUGUGCAUUUGAUACUUUGUGCUAAAAUAUAGUCAGCUGAACAAAACACGGUUGCUGUUUGAUACUCGAGCCGCAGACGUUCAGAACACGCUCACAUCUCGUCGCCUUUUGAUAUUAACGUGAUUGAAACGUUCGUCGGAUGAAUCAGCGAUGAUUUAUGAUGAAUAAUGUGCUCGUGUGGAGGAUGAAGAGCUGCAUGAUGCUGAAGUGAUCCGCUGGUUGUCGCACUCGGUGUGUGUUUGUGUUUGUGUCGGUGGUCCGGAGGGCGGAGCUGCGGGUCUCUGCGCCCCCGGUACCGACGGACACACCGAUCACUGCUGGGCGGAAGAGCGUCAUUUGAGCAGAAAACAGACCGAGAGGGAAGCAGCGCGGACGGGCUCAGUGCUCCCGUUAACGGAGAUCAAGCGGGGAUCGAGCCGUCGACGCGCAUCGAGAGUGAUUUUGUCUUUCUUCCGCAGCAGGAUGGAUUUACACGCGGACGCCCGACCCGAGCGCGAUCCGCCCGCAUCACCGGCCGAGCGUCACUGAAGCAUCAUCCGCCCUCCGCGACACAUCCGACCGCUCCGAUGCGAACAAAAGCCUCGCAUUCACCUCCACCCUGACCAACCGCAGCGCCUCCAUCCGCAAUGAACAUCUAGAGGAGCGUCAGGCGAUGGGAUGAAAAUGAGACGUCACAGGGUUUUCUUGAUUUGCACGGUGGGACUGUGUGUUAUUUCCUUCCUGCAUUACUACAAGGCUCUCCACUACGUGUCCCUGCUGAGGGAGUUGUCUGCACCUUACCCUAACAUCAAAUCCUUCAUCAUGGUCACUGGUUUCUUCUGGAAGGAGGGCACCACCCCGCUGUCCAGCGCCUCCCCAGAGGAAGGGCCUCCGCUGGUCCACAGGCUGUCGGACAGCAAGCCCCGGGCCGGAGGAGGCGGAGGCGGCCUGGCGCUCGACACCGGACAAGAACCUGAAGCACCACAGCCGUGGAAGAGACCUGAAGAUCCGCAGCGCAGGAGCUCAGGGACUACAGAGGUCCAUAAGGGCGGUUUGAUCGCCUGGCAGCCCAGCAGCCCGACCAACCAGAAGCCCGACCUGCAGAGAGACUCUGCGGUCAGAGUUGCGGCGAACAAGCUCCAGUCGCGUCACGCGUCGACUCCAGACCCGCUGGAAUCCCUGGGCGACCUGCACCGCCGCACCCACGUCCUCCAGGAUGACCGCAUCCCUUAUUUCGUCCGCACCAAAGCAGGCGCUCUGUGCUUCCGUCAGGGGACGGAGGUGGCACCGCCUAAAGAUGAGACGCUGAAAGCGAGACCCAGCAUAGCUGGAAUCGGCCAGCGGAGAAUAUUGCAGAAGCCUGACGAGUCAAAGACUCCAGCAAAAUCAGUGGAGGAGUCCGGCGCAGCUCGAGGGAAGCCCAAGCGUGGCAAGCGGCUGGUGAAGUGCGUGUGUCGCCCGGGGUGGCACGGCCCUUACUGCGGAGUGCCCACUAUGGUGUACCACUCCAAUCUGCCCACGAAAGAGAGACUGACUCCCCGCGAGACGCCACGGCGCGUCAUAAACGCCAUCAACGUGAACCACGAGUUCGACUUGUUGCACGUGCGCUUUCGCGAGCUCAUCCAGGCCGUGGAUCUCUUCCUCGUGUGCGAGUCCAACUUCACGGCGUACGGGGAGAGGCGUCCGCUGAGAUUCCUGCAUCUGCUGCUCAACGGAACGUACGACUACGUGCGUCACAAGAUCCUCUACGUCUUCCUGGACCACUUCCCAGAGGGCGGCCGACAAGACGGAUGGAUCGCCGACGACUACCUGCGCACGUUUCUGACUCGCGACGGCAUGGCGCGGAUCGUGGGCGUGCGGUCCGAUGACGUUUUCCUCAUCAACGAUGCUGACGAAAUUCCGGCUCAGGAAGGAGUCCUUUUCCUGAAGCUUUUUGACGGCUGGACGGAGCCUUUUGCCAUCCACAUGCGGAAGUCCCUGUAUGGAUUUUUCUGGAAGCAGCUGGGCUCCCUCGAGGUGGUGUCCGGGUGCACCGUCGGGAUGCUGAGGGACGUCUACGACAACGAUGGCAUUCGGCUUCGGCGGCGGGAGUACUACACCAUGCCGGGAUUCCGGAAGUACGAGAACGACACCGGCCACAUCUUGGUGCAGUGGUCGAUCGGAAGUCCGUUCCAUUUCGCAGGCUGGCACUGCUCCUGGUGUUUCACACCGGAAGGAAUUCACUUCAAACUCAUUUCAGCCCAGAACGGGGACUUUCCUCGCUGGGGCGACUACGAGGACAAGCGCGAUCUCAACUACAUAAGGGAGCUGAUCCGAACGGGGGGCUGGUUCGACGGCUCUGUGCAGGAGUACCCACCCUCGGACCCUAAGGAGCACAUGUACGCCCCCAAAUACAUGUUGGAUAAUUACGAUCACUACCGCUACCUGUUGGAGAACCCUUAUGCCAAGCAGUCCAAGCUGGGAGGUGCGUAAAGCAGAACGAGGGCAGAAUGUUUGUAAAAAUGGUGUGAUUGAAGACUGUAAGGAAGGACAACAGAGAGGGAGAGAAGGGACCGCCGUCCUGUUCCUCUCUUUCCUCUCUCUCCCUCUUUGGUCCCAACAUCCCACACCGUCCGAUAGCUAAACGCUUCAUGUGAGCACAGGCCUUGCAGAGACCAACAGCAAACCUUUCUGUUUUGGUCGAUGUUUACAUGAAGGAUUCCCAGCGUUCUUUGAGAGACUCUACGACAGAUGCCUCCUGUGUUCACUGUACAAGACUGUGUGUGUGUGAGAGAGAGAGAGAGAGAGAGUGAAUGUGUGUGUGAUCAGACUGAAUUUCAUUGGUGCACAGACUUUCUUGCUUGCAGUUCAGAAUCAAAAUAAGAAAACUCAUUGCACAAAUGCCACAUUUUUGGGUUUGUCGACAGCUUGUAAAUUCCUCCGAACUCAAACGUCUUUUUCCUCGGUCAGAACAAAAUCUUUGUGUAUCAUUGUGAGCUGUUCUGAAUGAGUUUGUGGACGAGAGAGAGAAAGAGACCGUUCGAGAGAAACGGAGCUUUGUUUGAGCUCCGCUGGGUUCCGAUGGAGCCGAUACGCGAGAUUGUGCCGAGCGAGAGAGGUCUGCUCAGAAAACACAAAUGAGCUUCCUGUUUGAGAAAUCCUUGCGGAAAACAUCCUAUAGCUGGGAAAAGGGCUGUUUCCAGAUCAGAUAUUUAGUCUGUUUGAACAGGCGUUCAUGUGAACCACCCAUGUUGUGCACAGGAAUGGAGAGACGCCAGAUAAAAAUAAGACAGACAGAGGCUCUGUUCCAGACUAGUUAGAUGACUACGUAAGGCAGCACAGACAACACAAAGGUUGUUCCACAUCACGUACUGCCUUCUAAGAUACCAUCUUUUGGCCAAAGUCAUCUUUUCCAAAGAAGGCAAGACCCAAGAAAGCAUUGUCAGUCUACUUGAAAAUAUAUCCAUUCAAGAUGGCAGACAAAGACUUGCUGAGUAUAAAUGCAAUGAAAAGCUCUGAUAUGAACAGUUCAGUCCAAUGUGCAUUUUUAAGAGCGUCGCGUUGUUAGCUUAGCACCAAGUAGAAUCAGCAAUGCGUCUCACUGUGUUUUGGAACAAAGCCAUGUAGUGUUUGGUGGUCUUGGCUCUCUCGUGUUUUAAUUUUAAGUCAGAGGAGGAAACAGUUUCUUAUGAAACUGGGCUGGAAAUUCCCGGUUCUCAGAGCUGCGAAGCCAUCUGAUCGCAUUAGAGAUCUGUGGGGAAUUACAUCUACACAGCGGCACCAGAGAUCUGAAGAGUCGCGGAUGAUUUCGCAGGGAUUGUUUUAGGAUAAUUCUGUCAUUUACUGACUGUCUUUGCAUCUGGGGCUGUUAACGUCAACAUGAAAUCGACAUUGACUCUCUUAAUUCAUCUUCCUGUCUUAUUGAGAAUGAUUCACCAUUAAUAUUCUGAAGAAAUACAGAUGACAUCAUAAGUUCUUUUUUAUCAACCAUCUUCAUAUAGAGAUCAUUUCAUCAUAGAAAAAAUCCCAUCCUACAUUUCUGUUUCAUUCCAAAAAUACAAGUAAAAUGCAAUGUUUUGUCAUUUCAAAACCAGAUCAGCCAUUAACAAACUCCCACAGACAUGGAGUCAUUUCCAAAGGAUGUUAUCUGUGUGUCAGGCAUGCUGCUAAAAACAGGUCUCCAGAUAUAGGAAGUAUCUGGGCGAGGAUUAAAAUACUGCCAUGGUGAAACAUAUAUCACCAGUAGUCAAGGGUCAUGAACUCGUGCUUACAAAUGACUUCACCGGUUACUCACUAGUGUCUGUGCAAAAGGUCGGUCAGCUGCGACACUAAACGUAUCCAUGUGGCCUGAUCGUGCCCAAGAGUGCCAAACAGCGGCACUUUAUAAACAGGCUAAAGAUAGAGACAACUUUAGAUGUCUGAAGAGAUCUCAGCAGAGGAACAGGUGCUCAUACUCCAUCCACAAGCAUUUAUAGUGUUCAUCUGUUAGGAUCUCAGAUGUGCUUCAUGCCACUGCGAUUGCGGUGCGGUCGUGACCUUCGUCAGCCUUUAUGCGUGCAGCAAAUGAGAGAUCGCGUCAGAUGCAAACGUGUCCGCACGGAUGUCUCCAAAUCUGUGUGAAUUCCACUUGGGAGUACAGUUGGAAUGUUCAGUUGCAUUCUGAUCCUGAAACUCAAGCAUUAAUGAGCAGGCUGGAGUUUGCUUCAUUCUUACUGAAUCACAACAGUUCACAUUUGCAUAUCAAGCAGCCUACAUGAGCAGGAAUAUCUUUAUUAACGGCCUUAUGAAUGACCUCAUGAGUUGACAUCAUAUUUUACAGGCAGGAGAGCCAGACUCAUAUCCGAGUUCACAUCUGCAGGGCGAGAUCCGUCCGUCCACAACCGCCGUGCCACAUUUAGCUUAGAAGAACGUUUGACUUGAUUUGAACCUGUGAGACAGCAGGUGCUCAGAGGAGAUGUUGUGUUGGAUUUAAUGAUCGUUUCGUUCAGUGAAAUCGUUGAGAUGUUUGGCUGUAGAUCAGGAGCCUGCUUUAGAUGAUGGAGAUCACUCUCGCUCUCUUUCUCUCUCUCAGCUGACAAACAUUCACUGUUUUGGACUUAUUGUCAUUUUUGUUUUGUGUUGUUUGCUGUUGUAAAUGUUGUUGCUGUUUACAUUAUUUAUCUUAUUUAUUACUAUCCUGUUUAUGUGUAGAAAAGGGAAGAUCAAUCUGUCAGAGGAGAGAGAAGUUCUUCUCUGACUCAGUAUGAAAGACUGAAACGUCUCUCUCCUCCACGUCAUCCCUCCAUCCCGUCCUCUCGCGCCAUAUUAUUCGUCCUAAACAUGAUGGUGAAAGUCACUUGGCCAGAAACACUUUACGCUAGUAUGCAAACGCACAUGCUGUUGUGCCGAUGAUGAGUUGGACAUGUUAAUAGCUAACUGUAAAUAUCUUGACAGUUCAACUUUUAAGUCAAAAUGAAACAGAAAUAGCUGCAGAUCUUUCUUUUAGGUUUAAACGUACACCCAAGUGAAACAAAUUAUCAGAAAAAGAAAAAUGCAGGGCAAGGCUUGGUUUUGUGCUUUGGCUUUUAUUUCAGUGGUGAGGGGGGCGGAGUUAAAGAGCACUUAAUGAUUGGACAAAUCCUGCCUACAUCACCGGUCAGAUAAAACGUAUAAAUUAAACGAGAUUAAAGAGUGCAAAUGAAAGAUAAAUUGUUCUCAAUAAGAAAGGGAGAAAAGGGAGAAAAAAUUGGAUUUGAAUAUAAUAAAUUAGAAUUUGGUAAAUUAGAAUUUUCUUUUCAGUUACUGACUUUAAAGGCUGGAAUACACGACUCGACUUUUAAAGUCGUAACAGAUUUUAAAACACUAGACAUUAUAAACUUGCCAAUUUUUAAAUCGUUUCAGACAAAAUGGGCAUCAUAUACUGAAGGACCGAAAAUCACAUACAACAAAAAACUCAUGCAGAUGCAUACAAAAUCCGCAAAAUAGCAAACAUAACAUGGUAAAAUGGUGUAAUAAUAUCACUUUUGAAAUCUUCUGACUGGAUGGAGAAAAAAAUUGUAGUCUGUACUCACCGUACACCACGCGAUUUUCUGACAUCUGCAGCCCGACUCGACUCGAAAUCUGAAACAAGUGUAUCUGUGUAAAAAUCUGUGUAAAGUAUUCCGGCCUUUAACAAGGUUCUUCUAAAUCUCGUGUUCCACUAUGACAGAAAGAGAAAACUGACCGCGGUAGGCGACCGGUCCGCUACUGACGGUUGAGAACGCAGUGCGCAUGCGCAGUAAAUUGAUCUCCGGCACGUUUCCGUUCGCAUACUUGCCUUAAGUUUGAUUCUGGUCUUUAUCUGGCCUUUUUUGUGACUCACCUGUGAACGGUGUCCUAUCGUCUAUCAGGGAGCUUUGCUCGCACCACAGACACGCAGCUCACGUGCCCUUUGUUCUGUGAUAAACGGUUGAACGCGAACGUUUAUAUAAAAUACGAGACAACUUUUAUAUGGAAUGAAAGAACUAGCGGAAGAGCAGGUGUUUCACCACAGAUCAAAGGGAAUGAUGACGUUCAUCAUGAGGUGGCAUACGGACACAUGCGCGCAACACCUGGAUAUUAAAUAUGUGAGCAUAUAUACAUGAUUGAGCCCUUCCUGGCGCCGUCAUCAGCUUCAUCUGCUGUCUGAAGAUGAGAUGAUUUGCGUGAGCGUCAAACGCGCUCAGGUCUCCACAAACACACGUGAUCCUUCCGGAAAUAAUAGUGAACGUCCUGUGAUUGUCUGGACACGAGCUGAGAAUCUCCUGUGCUGUCGAACUGUUCAUAUCUGCACUGCAUUUUAUGAUUUUUUUUUUUAGCGUAACUUAUUCAGUGUGUUCUGCUUUACUAUAUACUGAAGGGUUUUUUCUUUCGUUAGAUGUUCGGGUGAAGUUAACAUUUCUUAAUCAUCUUAAUGUGUAAUCUCGUUUAAGACGCUGCGAUCCUCAUAUAACACAAAGGCCAUUCUGUCAUGUUUGUCACUAUUAUUGAUGCACUGUAUGGGUUUUCGGUUUCAUUUCCCCUGUGAUCUGGACUUUAUAUGUGCUGCAGUGUGAUCGCUCUCCUCCAAUCACGUCCACUCUCACUCUCUCUCCCCUCCAAUCACGUCCAUUCGUUUCUCCCUCUCCUCCAAUCACGUUCUGUGUGUGUGUGUGUGUGUGUGGGAGAGUUUCUCAUACUGGUUCACAGAUGGAAUAAUUUCUCUAAUAAGCGCAGUCAGAUGAAGGACGUAUCAGUGAGAAAAGAGUGAACAUGUUUGAAAAGCAGAGAAUCCCCUGAAUUCUCUCCUGCACUGCUAAGGAGGAGUGUGUACAUUAAUGAGUUUAUACAAUCCUUUUUGUUUUGUGUAUAUGAAUGGCUAUAUGUUAACCUUCAAGAAAAGUAACAAAUUCUAUGACAGAAACUAUAAUAAAUUAAUUUGAAAAACAG